AUGGCCCAGCAGGAAAGUUCCGGGCAGCGCCUGAGAGACACGCCAUGCAUCCAAUCCCUCCUCGGCUUCUUCUUUAACAAGGGCGUCAGGGGCGGCCCCAAGAUAUUCCUAAAUCUGGCCGCCGUGCUGCUUGGCCUGCUGCUCGUGAUAAAGCUCAUGCCGCAGGGGCUGAGCGACAGCGCGUUGAACUCGAUACCCCACGACCUCUGGGCCGGGGAGGCCGAAGAAACUCUGCCGACAGUUGAUAGUGAGGAUGACAGCAUACCUGGCGGUUUGAGGAUAGUCGUGUUUGGGGAGAACGACAUCGGCACGCCGAUCGGGCAGAAUCAAGAGGUCGAGGGGAACAAGUCUUGGACUGAGGCGCUCUGCGUUCAGCUGGAGUGCUCCAAGCACAUCACCAUGGCGCCGUCACCCGAUUCUCCCGCGUGGUCCGUCAGCUCCAAGGCUCUGUAUGCCCACGGCGUGGAGAGCGUACUUAACGAGACGUCAGAAACGUCCAGCCCCGGCAUGGAUUACUCGUACCUGUCGACCCUUUAUGCCCCCAAGUGGCAGACACUCGACCUGAAGGACCAAGUCGACCGGUUCCUCGCCAUGCCCAAGCCACGUCACGCGCCGAAGGAGACGCUGUGGGUCUUCAACUUUGGCUUCUGGGACGUGUGGUCGUUAUCGGCCAUGCCGAUCCCCGCCGGAAAGACUGCUGCAGACGCCAUGACGAAAGACAUAUUUGAGCAGAUCGAGCGGCUGUACGAGGCUUCGACGGAUUUCCGAUCGAUCGCAUGGUCUGACACCAACUACGUCCCAGCUCCGCCCGAGCCGGAGACCAGCCCCGAGGCGGACAGCGAGGAGCCACCCGCCGAGGGGCCGACUGAGAAGAGGAACGAGGGGAGCGCCGAAAAUGGAUCAGAAGCGGAGACCAAUGCUGAAGACACGACCGAGUACUUCCGGCUCCUGAUACCUCGCGUCAUGGACCCGUCCCUGCUGCCGGGUUGGCGCGACCUCAGGGCGCAGCUCCCCAAGGCGCACUCCAAGGCCGAGCAGAUGCGCAACUCGGCCGAGCUGACGGAGCACUGGAACGACCGCAUCGUCGACGGGCUGGUGGAGUGGGUCAGGAAGGAGAACAGGAAGGCUGGCGAGGAGGAAAGCAAGGAGGGCAAGAGGGCCGAGCUAGACGCCGCCGCCGCCUCUUCCUCACCCCUCGCCGAUACCCCCGCGACCCAGACGGCAACCCAAGGCAAGAACGUCGACAUGGCCGCGCCCCAGAGCAGGCCCAGCCCGGUCCGCGACGGCUACGCGUACAACAUGGCCAACUACGUGCUAGACGCCAUGGUGGAGCGGCAGCUACGCAACGCACGGCUGCGGGACGGGGCCGGUCGCGGCGACGGGGCCGUCGAGGACGGGUACCGCGACGUGACCAACUCGUGCGUGGAGCGAGUCGACACGGCGCUGGUGGCCAUCUCGGUGCAGAGCGGCGUGCGGCUCCAGAUCCCCAACGAGGAGAUCGGCGGCGACGUCCAGGUGCCCAGCGCGACGAAGCCGGAGAACCAGGAUCAGGAGCAGCAGGUGAGGAGAAGUAGGAGCAAGCGUGGUGGUGAGGAGAAGGAAGAGAAGAAGUCGAAGGUGGACUCGGCAGACGGCGCAGUCGACCUGGCGGCCAAGGCGGCCGACACGGUCAAGGUGUGCCAGAUCCCCAGCGACUACCUGUUCUACACGCCGUUCGCGCUGUCGCAAAAGGCCAUCGGCGAGAUCGCCAUCCAGACCGCGGACAUGAUCCGCAACAACGAGACGAUCAGGGGCAAGCUGCAGGCUCAGAUGGACAAGAUUAACGGGUCAUGA